AUGGUGCAACGAAUUGCAUGGAGUCCUCCGAAGAGGGGGUGGAUUAAGUUGAAUGUAGAUGAAGCCUGUAAGAAUAGCGGGAAUUCUGGUUGUGGAGGAGUUGCUCGGAAUGAUAAAGGUGAAAUGAUUUUUGACUUUGCAAAGUGGCUGAGGAGUUGUAAUGCUUUUAUGGCAGAGCUUUGGAGUUUAUACGAAGGCGUUAAAUUGCUCCAUAGUCGGGGCAUCUUAAAAAUGGAAGUAAAUGUUGAUUCCACCACGGUGCUCAAAGCUAUUGAGAGAAAGUGCUUUAGUAUGAUAGAGAGUUUAUCGAUUAUUAAUCGCAUUUGCAGCCUUCUAGAUAAUUUGGAAGAAAUGCUUAUCUCUCAUUCCUACAGGGAGGCGAAUAAAUGUGCGAAUGUGCUUGCCAGUGUGGGGUGUGGAAUUGGUCAUGACAUGAUUCUUUUUUAUAUAGCGCCAGAUUGCAUCGUGAGAUUGAUUCAGGAGGAUGCCAAGGGUGCAACGUCUACUAGGCUCGUUACCGUAUAG